ACCUCUUUCAACUUUUCUCUUCAACCUUAUUCUGUCCCUAUACCUCUUUUUCACUCCAAACCCACAACACAAUGGCUUUGAAAAAAUCAACUAAACUCCCUCAAGCAGCACUCAUCAAGCAAAUCCUCAAGAGGUGUUCCAGCUUAGGUAGGAAAGACGACGAAGGCCUUCGCUUGGACGUCCCCAAGGGUCACUUUGUUGUCUACGUCGGAGAAAACAGAAGCAGAUAUAUAGUCCCUAUUUCCUUCCUUAGUCGCCCUGAGUUCCAAACACUUCUACACCAGGCUGAAGAAGAGUUUGGCUUCGAUCACGAAAAGGGUCUCACCAUUCCAUGCCAACAACACGUUUUUGAGUCUCUCACCUCCAUGCUCCGAUGAACAUCUUACCACCUAUCACCAUUUUUCCUUUUCUUUCUUCCUUUAUGUGUAUAACUGAGGUUUGUUUUUUAGAGAGGCUCAAACCUCACUGAAUUCGACCAUGAAACAAUGUUGUCAUUAUGUCGUAGUUUAGAUUGUAAAUGUACUAGAAAGCACCAAUUUUUCCCACAGAGGUGAACCAUCCAGUAAUGUACCCUGUUGGAGAAUUAAUCAAGAGGAUCCAUAUAUUAUUAUCUACAUAUAUAAAUACAGAUAUCUCUCUCUUC